UUAGGACAAUGGGUAUAAGCGGCACUCUAUUUGUACCAUUUCGCAUCCCAAGGUUGCACUUCAUUGUAUACGCCUUAAUGGAGACUUCCCGAUUCAAUUACGAUCACUUGAUGUUUUUCUAUAGCGUAGCACUUAUAUUUCCUUCGAUGUUCUUUCGACGAAUGCGUUCAACCUCGAUCGAAUCGCGGCCACUGCAUGCGGCCGAGAAGCGAUAUAUUAGUGACAGACAGGCAUGAAAGAGUGAUCGCAUACCUUUAUUUGGCCACUUCAUAAAAAAAAUUACGCGGUCACGGCGGUGAGCCGGGAAGCCCGUAAAAUGACCCGUCUCGGACAGGCUUCUCAGACGCCAUUAUCAUCCCGAAACAAAUACGGCUGGUUGAUGGCGUGCCGCCAAGCGCAUACACUAAGGACGCACAGAAGGCAUUCGGCACGCAAGCAAAAUACUACAGCUGGUUCGUGGAGUGCCCGCGUCGCCGGCGACCAGUGGAUAUAUUCCUAUAAAGCUGGCGCGCUUCGCGAGUAGGCGUAGCAGGAAAGCGAACCAAGAUCGGGCCACCGUAUCGCCGCCACCCACCGCGGAACAAUGGACACACAGCCAGUGUCGUGAGAGCGGCGAAGGAGAACUUCGUCUUCGGAUUGACUGAAACAAUGGGAAGGCAGCUCGAACGGAACAGCGAGAAAGCGGACAGCACAGGAGAGGCGGAGGGGGGGAGGGGGGGGGCGGCAUCGUUACGAAUCGUGUUUGCCGCCGAGCGCGUCGUUUUUCCAACGCCGAGCCCGCCCGCUUGACGGCGAACGAAACACCAUCAAACGAUAACGUCGGAGAGCGCGCGCGCGCGCGCGUUUCAAAGUGGGUCACGCAAAAUCGCCACUCACGAUACGUGGAUGAAGAAAGGUAGACGGCGGGGCUGAGGUGUUGCGCAGAGUCGCAGCGAACGCGAGUGGAGACGAAACAACGGCGAGGCCGAGAAAGAGAACAAGCGGGAACGCGCGAACACCCAAAAGCACGCCGAGGCGCGGUCACUGCACGAAUAAUCGCCGGCUUCGACGACGAGAGAAGAAUGCAACGCUUCCGGCGAGAGAACGGAGCCGCGACUGAAGGCGGCGGUGAGCGGCGGCGCUGCCGACGCCCCCCGAUCACGACGUCACGCGUGACGUAUACUGUCAGGCACCGCCUACCACAAAGCCCCGCCUCUUUCAAGGAUGACGGCUGGUGAAGGGGGGGGAGGGAGAUGGGGGUGACAGCGGCGGCAAGUUUCGUGUCGACCGCGGCAGCUUUGCCUUUGGAAAACGCUCCGUUUUAGACCGCUCGAGAAAAAAAUUUCGAACGCAUCAGUUUUCGAUCGGCUCUUGGCUCGGCGGGCCGGAAAGAAAGAAAGCGUACAGUAGACUCUUCUCGAUGUUUGCCCAGGUGUAUACCGUCGGCAAGGACAAACGUCGGUCUCUCUAUCGUGCUCUCUGUUCACUAAACGGCGUUGUAGAAGGUUUGAAGAUUGACAGAAAUAAAAUAAUAAAGAAUGGUAGUGAGAAGAGGGAGAAAAAAAAGAGAGAGAGAACCGCUCUCAGAACAGCUGGCGUUGCCGCCUAGCUCUCGAGUGGCGCGGGCGCGAGAGAGGCGAGGUGGCGUGGUGAGGGGGGGUGGCUGCCGCGGCGGCGGCGGCGUCGGAGGUGGCGGAUUCGACGCCCCUCUCAUUAUCCGGGCCGGUCCGUUCUCCGGGGCCGGCGAAUGGCGGCGUCUUCGAGGUCCACGUCACGGCCCCGGCGCCGCUAUGGCGGCGCCGGCGGCGCCCCCGACGCGAGAAUAGCUAAUCACCACCGGCACCCCCCCACCUCCCCGUCACUCUCGCAUCGCGCUUCGGCCCCCCCCCCCCCCCCCCACCCGACCGCGCGCGUGAAGGGCCCCCGGCGGCGCUCGGCGGUGUGCGUGCGUGCGUGCGCAAGGGGGGCCCGUCAUUUUCGCGCGGCCUAGGCACGCCUCCGGCCACCACAGCAGGAGCAUCCGCGCGUCGAGCGUCGGCAUCGCUCUCUCACGCGCCCGUGUGCGAGUGUGUGUGCGUGCGUGUCGCGACCGUGUCGCGCCUGCCGGCGCCCCCACAGAGCCGUGGCGGCUGAGCACGGUGACAGAGCGGCGGGCUGCCCCUCGCUGCCUCCUGCGCCGACGACGCUGCCGCCGCUGGAAAUGCGCUCGUCGCCGGCCGAAGCCGCCGCUGCCGCAGCCGCCGCGAUGGCGUUCCAGCCGUUCCUGCGACCGACGCCGCCGGACUUCUCGGUUCACUCCCUGCUCAGCGGCGCCGCCAGUGCCCAGGCCGCGCCGUACUUCGCAGCGGCGGCCGCCGGAUUUCCCGCCGCUGCGGCCGCGCUGUUCCCCAAGUUGCACCCGGGACCGGGACCCCCGCCGCUGUCGGCCGAGGAGUUGCUCGCCGCGGCCGCGGCCCACCGCGGCGGACCACUGUUGAGACCGCCCCCGGGGUUGGAGCCCGAAGACGACGGUGUGCAGGACGACCCUAAGGUGACGCUCGAGGCGAAGGACCUGUGGGAGAGGUUUCACACGUUCGGCACCGAGAUGGUCAUCACCAAGUCUGGCCGGCGGAUGUUCCCCGCCUACAAAGUGCGUGUCUCCGGCCUGGACAAGAAGUCCAAGUACAUCCUCCUCAUGGACAUUGUGGCCGCCGACGACUGUCGGUACAAGUUCCAUAACAGCCGGUGGAUGAUCGCCGGCAAGGCUGAUCCGGAAAUGCCCAAGCGGAUGUACAUCCACCCGGACUCCCCGUCGACCGGGGAGCAGUGGAUGCAGAAGGUGGUCUCCUUCCACAAGCUCAAACUCACCAACAACAUCUCCGACAAGCACGGAUUUCAGACCAUCCUGAACUCGAUGCACAAGUACCAGCCGCGGUUCCACCUGGUGCGGGCCAACGACAUCCUCAAGCUGCCCUACAGCACCUUCAGGACGUACGUGUUCAAGGAGACAGAGUUCAUCGCCGUCACCGCCUACCAGAACGAGAAGAUAACCCAGCUGAAGAUCGACAACAACCCGUUCGCCAAGGGAUUUCGGGACACUGGCGCCGGCAAGCGGGAGAAGAAGAGACAGGCGAUGCUACUGCAGCAGGCGCCAUCUUCCCUGCACGGCGGUUCCCAGGGCUCGUCGAUGGGCGGCCGCCUGUCGGCCACCAACCACCACCACACGGCGCUGGUGUCCGGCCAGGAGGACUCGAGCGACGACGACGACAAGCUGGACGUCGGGGAGGCGUCGGACCUCAGGCCGGACGGCGUGCUCGGUGCCAGCCCCGGUCGUGACUCCGAAGACCGGCGCGACGACCGGCUCGACGGCCGCUCACCCCUCAGCAGCACCGGCUCGAUCGACCUCCACGACCGAGGAGGCGGCAAGCUGUCUUCGAGCGCCGUGGCGGCCUCGGGACUCCCGCAGCCGUCGCCCUUGCUGCCGUACUUCUACCCGCCAUCGUUGUACCCGCCGGGGCUGACCCUGCCGCAGCUGUUCUUCCCGGGCGCGGCCGCAGCAGCCGCAGCGGCGGCCGCGGCAGCCGCCGCUGGCCUGCCGACGUCGCCCGGUGCGGCAGCCACCCCCGCCGCCCUCUCCUUUCUCAUGGCGGCCAACCACCCGCUGCUGAACCCGGCCGGCUACUCCGAGGUAGCCGCCAGGCUGAAGCAGCACCGCUUCUCGCCCUACGCCAUGCCGGGCAGCCCCUUCGGGGCGUCGUCGCAGCAGUCUCCGUUCCGGUUCCGACCUGGCUUCCUCGACGAAGACGGCUCCCCGCCGCCGCCGCCGCGGUCGCCGCUCGAGACGGCCUUCCCGAGACAACACCAGCGGCACCCGACGCCUCCUUCGUCGACCACUCCGCCCCCUCUGAUACCGGACUGCGGAGCGUCGUCCGCCGCUCCCUCGUGCUCGAGCAAGCCCGGUACGCCCGCCAACUCGGACGACGGCUGCAAUUCGUCCUCGGAGGGUUCGUCCUGCAGGAGCACCUCCGGCGGGUUCGCCUCCGGUGUCUCGCUGGCUGCUGCGUCGGCGUCGACGAGGAAGCGCGCUUCGUCCCCGCUCUCUUCGUCACGGUCGACGACCUCGAACGAUCUGAGGAGCAUCGAGAACAUUGUGAACGGACUCGAGCAGCGUCGCAGAGACUCGAUGGCCGCCGCGGCCGCGGCGGCCAUAGCGGCCGCGCAGCAGGACAGCAAGGCCGGCUGCUAGUAUAUACAGAUGGUGUGCAAUGUGUGUUGCGUUUGAGACGCUCUCUUUUACGCGAACUGUGCCGCUAUCUCCGUGUCACGGUGGCUUCGUGGAGCAAUCCUGGACAUUUUCCGGUUUAGGUCUUGUCGUUACAUCCUGGUGAAUCCUCUACUGCGUGGAUGUCGCUCGCUUGAUCUGUUUGUUGGUGCGGCGACGCGAGCAAACGUUCUUGGACGCUGCUUUACGACAGUGCAGGGGCGGUAGAAGAUAUUUUUAUGCCGGAAGGCAGAAGAAAAAAAAAUAGAAGGAAUACAGGGAAGUUCAUGAUGCAUGGCAAGGCGUGUCCACGUGCUGUAUGGCAAUGGGAUUCGUCAAACAAAAUGUAAGCAAAGCAACCGUGUGCCCCCAGGCUUCCUCUUUUGCCCCACCCUUUUUCCCCAGUGUCACGGCAACCAUGUUCGCAUUGUGCUACCUUCAGCGAGGUAUCAGUGAUCUUGAUCUGUUGUCGAUCAGAACGCUCGGCUAUCAGAUACGAAUGAAAGUCAUUAGGAUUAUCCAUAUAGCUUCUCCAUGGAACUAAGUUUUAUCAAAUGAAGCUUACUGCUGCGCACACGCAAGCUUGUGUGCAGAGUGCUUCGCGAAGCCACUGGGACAGAGUGUGGGAGCGUAUACACCGUUCGCAUCUGCAGGAUGUUCUUGGAAUGUCCUACUUGUGUGUAUGUGCGCGUAUGUACAUGUCUAUGUGCGUAUGGUUCGUGCGUGAAGACGCAGGUUCGCAAGCAUCGACGGACCGCAAAGCUUUGCUGGUCAAACUUUCUGCCCGUGUGCCGACGAUGUGUGUGAACUGCCGCUGUGGACCGAUGUCUCGGGACGAAUUUAUGUGCUGUAUACGUGAACGUCAUUCGUACGUGUGUGCCCUGUGCGUUACUUUUUUUUUUUCGGCGGCUGUUUCAACUGCUGGGAGCGCUUGUCAUCUCUCAGCUCUGCUACGAAGGGAACGUAUGUAUACGUAAUUCUUGAAUGUAACGAUGAUGGACUCGAGUGCAGUGCGAAACUUGCCUUAACAAGGUUUUGUUUACGAAACCCGCGUGGUGAACGCAAACGGAUUUGUAGUGAGCGCGCUAAUAGAAGCUUCAUUUGUUUACUCGCUUGUCGUGUCGGAGUUGGCAGGCUUGCUGACCUUGUGUUACCGGGAUAGCACAGAGCAUUUCAGCGUGCAGCUGAAGUUGGUUGACGUUAAGCAUGUUUAAGAGGCUAAAAUGCCAUGCCGGCUUGCGUGGACAACAAUUCCAGUGACGGAAAGAAUGACUGAUAGUUCGUUGCAUUCCCCUCGUGGCAAGAAUUCAGUGUUGUCCUCACGACCAAACUAACGCCAAAUGUAUUUUCUCGGUGAAAAUUGUGAAAGAAAGCGAUAUGUCUUCGUUUAAAACUCAGAAACCAUUCUUCUACCCUUCGUGAACUCGUACCUCAAGGAAGAAACCAGCGGUUGAAGUGGUUCGAUGCAAUAUUGCACCGUGAUUUAUAAAAAAAGGGAGGGCCUUGGAGAGUAAUCAGAAAGAAGUUGUAGCCAUUUUGUACGCGACCCGUCUGUUUCGGUUGGCACUCGCAUCGCCUAAAUUCAAGAGAGCGGACUCAUUAGCUAUAGAGUCAUUGUAUUUCGACGUGCAAUGACGUCCUUUUUCUUUCUCUCUUAUCUAAAAAAAAAAUCCGAAAUAUCGUCAAGUUGUUACGCGAAGCAGGUUGCGUGACCACCCAUGCGUAUGUAGGCGAGUCACCUCGAAGGAUGCGCACUAAUUUCUGAACAAAAAGCCCUUGGCGAAUGGUUAAGGCUUUGUCCUGCAGGUCGCGACGCUGUUUCCCGUCUCAAACGUAUAUUUUAUUUUUUUAUUUUAUUUUCUUGUCUCCCGACAGCGUUGCAAUUCAGCGAAACAACGGCGGAGUACGUGAGGCCUGCAAUAUGCGUUUUAUGUAACGAUUACAACGGCAGUGUCAUCAGUAUUGAUGUAAUUCUUCUCCCACAGCCGAUGUCUUGAGAGAAUUUAAGAAGGAACCAUGGGCACGCCGCCAAUAGUUGAUAUGUACAUAAAUAUAAGUAUAUAUAUAGUAUAAAUAUAUAAAUAUGUAUACAGAUGACACAAAACAACUGCAAUAUCUGUGCAUAUGCUACAGCUGCAUGUGACGCUAGGAACUCGCCCGGCCAUGUUGUGUGCAUUUUACAACUCUCCCCCACCGCGUUCUUUUUCUUUGCUUCUUUUACUCUUUUUGUCUUUGAAGGGAUCCCAAGAUUACAGGAAUGAGAGCUAGUUUUUAAACUUGCUGCGCAAACUCGUCUGUCUCUUUAACUUAAUACAAUUACCUAUGCGCCAAGCGCACUGACGUAAGCUUCGCGUAGCGAGAGUGUUACGUAUUAUAUUUAUUCCCCCAAGUUUCGCCAAUCUGAAACAGCAUGCGCACGGCUACGGUUGGUACUCAGAUGCAGCAGUAUAGUGUUUACGAAACUUCUGCUGUUUCGCGUCAGCAGACCUUGCUUGUUUGGUCUUGAAUGCCUACUCGACUCUGGACACUUUAAACCGUGUAUAUACAUUUAAAGAGAUGUCGUUUCGUUCAUCACGUGAUGCAAGCCACAAACCAUGUUUUUUUUUCUUCUUUUUGAAAAAGCCCUGAGUAAAUUUGACUGCGCACGGCAUCGCCAAAACUGCAAUAAAGCUGUGCAGCAGAAACGAACGAGCUCGAUGCAAACGUGCGCUCACUUGUCGAUUCUUAUGCAGUGUAUACGCAGCGAUCACUGAAUUUUGUUCGCGUGGCACGUGAGUCGUGUAUUCAUCCGCGCCUGAAAUUGUGGUCUCGCCUGACGCCUGGCACCAUCUGCAGUUUUUGUAUUGCUGCGGGAUAUAGGUAUAUGUAUUGCGCGGCUGUAAAGACCAAGAUAGUAUGUAUAGGAAUGGUAAAAACCUUGAAACUGAUUUCCGUAGGCCUUGUUCGAAAAACGACGGGUGAGAAUGCGCGCUCAGGUGUAGCUUUCAGCAUUGAACGCCGAUUUGUGUCUUACCAAAGACGGUUCCUUGACUUCGAGAGAUCGGAGACAUCACAAUUUUGAUUGCGUUUUCUAUACCUUCUUAUAUGCAUUGCGCUUCCACUGACUGAUUGCAAAUGACAACAAAAACUCGUGAAGCGUGUGAUAAUUAUUUAUGGACUCGUUUUUGCGUUUCUGAUCUGGCAAGCUUACUUACGAAUUCGAUACAAGCCUCCGCCCACAAAACCGCACUACACCGCCCCUCUGUGCCCCCGCGCUCCAAAACAUAGUUCCUAUGAGUCGGCGACAUUGAUCGAAGUAUGUGCCUCCACCGUGACGUCACCCAAAUGAGCGAAUGCAAUUGGCGGGAACAUCUACACAAAUUUUCCUUGUUUCGAAAAGGCGGUGCAUUCUUAGAAUUCAACUUAUCACCAAUUACUGUGCAAUCGAUGGCAACGUGACGUCACGAAGUGGGUAUGCUAAACACUAUGACGCCAACAAAAUCGACGUGACGCACUCACUAUAGAGGCUCGGUGGAGAAGAAAGACAACGAUCGAGCAGUGCGAAAGAUCAGUGCUUUGCAAGACUGCGUAAUCGACGCUGUUUUCCGAACUGACUUACAGACAACAGACAACAACGCUAGAACGAAUAAACGUAGACAGAGCAUAACUUACAACUUUAUUCUUACAACACUAUAUAGCAUGCGCACACACACACACACACACACACACACACACACACACACACACACACACACACACACACACACACACACACACACACACACACACACACACACACACAUAUAUAUAUAUAUAUAUAUAUGUAUAUAUAUAUAUAUAUAUAUAUUCAUGUCCUUGUCAAGAAUAAGACCAACCAAAUCUGCCCUACCAAACAACUACGACCCGUGUGACACGUGACAAAGAACAUUGAAACCAACAUCACGUGGUACACCCGACUCGUGACCGUGACCUGUCGGUCCACAUAUGAGAGAAAGAGAGAAAGAGCUUUCUUUCCCGUUAAGGUCGCCUGUAUAGGGUGUAGUGAUGUUGGUUUCACCGUUCGUCGUCCCGUAUCGCUGUUUAUUCUUUGCGUCUGUUCGAUUUGUUGGUUUUUGCAUUGGCAAGGUUGUUGCACGCUUGUGAAUAAAGUUGGAAGACAGCGCUCAGUGUAUAGGUUUCUUCGUUCCAGGGCUUUUGUUAGAUGCCACGUUGAAAGCCUGCCAUAGAUAUCGUGCUAACUUUUAAAUUAUUGUUGCUGAUCAGCAGUGAAGCGACCUCUGACGAAAGCUAGAAUUCUGAUGUCUCCGCUCCUUUGUUCCUUUCUCGUGCAUUUAUUUUUGCUCUGUAUGUGUGAGUACGCACUUCCACGUGUGUUCGUGUCACUGUGUGAGCGCGUGCAAAUCCAGGAAGUGAAAAACAACAACAACAUUGUUAUGGCUCGCGCUCGCCUCCAUUGCUCUAGGAGAAAUCCGCAUCGCUGUACAUAAAUCCACCUGCAUGCGCUAUUGUUCAAAUAGGAGCGAGAAAGGGACAAAACACUUCUGGACGAACGGGGUGAUGCGUGUAUGAACAAUAAAAUGAACUACGACUGUAUAAUGA